UUUUUUCUUUAGUCAAUGAAAUUAAAUCUAAUGUUAUUAAUUCAAUGAAUAAAUUACAAUUAUCUUUAUUUAUUUAUUCAUUAAUUACAUAACAACAAUACCGUUAUGUUGAAUGAUCAACUAAAUAUAUUUUUAAAUGUUACUGAGUCUAAGGAUUUCAAUUUAAGUCAUAAAGACUAUAAUAAUACAGAGGAUUUGAAAAAUAAAAAGGAUGUUAUUAUAGAUGAACAUCUACAAUCUAUUGGACUAAUCAUUUUAUUGGUUUUAUUCUUUACAAUUGUUAUUGGUAAUUUGACUGUACUUGGUGUGAUUUUUUCAAGAAAAAUCAAAACACAAAUGAAAAUAUUCAUUAUUAAUUUAGCUAUUACAGAUCUCUUUGUAGCCCUCGGUGGAAUCUUACCGGAAAUAAUUUGGAAUAUCACAAUUGUAUUUUAUGCACCAACAUUUGUUUGUAAACUAGUGAAGUAUAUGUCUACUACCAUAACAUACGGAAGCUCUUUCGCAUUAAUAGCGUUAAGUAUUGAUCGUGCAGAGGCUGUAUGUAGACCGCUCCGAGCUACCUCAUCGAAAUUUAGUAAAAAAACACAUGCCCUCAUGUUAAUCGGAUCUGCAUGGUUAGCAGCAGUGGUAUGCGGUAUACCUACAGCGUUGCUAGCUCAAAAAGUUUAUGAAGGGACACAGUAUGAAAACUGUCGAUUCGACUUUAGCAGAAUUAGUCCACAAGCCUAUCUAACCUCUAUAGCAAUGUCAGUUUUUGUCAUACCAGCAUUUAUUAUAGCCACCUGUCAUAUUAUCAUCGUAAUUAAAAUUUGGAGUGCAUCCAAAUCUCGAAAAUUCAGAAUAAAUGAUCUACCAGAUUUGCGUCAAAAGCGAUCUCAGGAAAAACAUCUAAGCAAUCCACUUUCUGUAACUACGAUUUCUAUAUCAAACAAGAAGCUAAGUGAAUUGUCACUCGAUAAAAAGAGUCUGCGAAUUGGACUAUCUAGACGUAUUAACCGUAAACAUGUACAUUCCAGUUGUAUAUCCCGUGCUAAAGUGAAAACAGUCAAAAUGACUUGUCUGAUAGUCUCAACUUAUGUGAUUUGUUGGUGUCCAUUUAUGGUAUGGAACUUAAUGGUUACUUAUGGAUAUAUGAGACGAUAUGCUCCAUAUUUGAUGAAAUAUUCACCAAUUAUUCAACAUUUGGUACCACUGAAUUCAACAGUAAACCCUGCGAUAUUUUGGAUAUUCAAUGCAGAAAACUUUAUUCGGAGACGAAGAAGAACAACUGGAAUAGUUGUGACAGAUGCAACGAAAUUUUGAACUAACCUACGGUAAUUCCUGUUAGUCUCCUAAUUCCUACAAUAUGUACCAAAAAUAUAGGUCAAAAAGUUGUUUCAAACGUUCACGUUCGAAUCAAACGUUCAUAACGGGAAAAUAUCUUGCAGUGAAAUGUUAACAAGGCAUAUCUCUUUAUGAUUUAAGAAAAAUCAAAUUAUUUUGCUUUCUUUUUUAGAUUUAAUGAAAUUGUAUUUAUUUGUAAAUUGUCUGAAGUUAGAGAAGAUUUGUUGUUAGUUGUGUAGACAAACGUUUUUUUUUAAACAAAAUAUCGAACAUUUCCACUUUUGAAAAUAAUAAUGAGUUAGCCAUGAUGCGAGCUGAUAUUGUGAAUAAAUAUAGCAGUAAUAAAAA